AUGGACUCCUACGAUUCUUCCCAUUUCAACACCUUUGGGCUCGACCAGCCUCUACCCAGCUUCCAAAAGUUGAAGGGCGAACGAGAGCAGCUCCCUGUCACUCGUAAUCUUAACGAUUUUUGGGAUGAAUUUACGAAAAACGAUGUUCUCAUCGUUUCCGGCGGAACUGGAUCUGGAAAGACAACACAGAUCCCGCAGUUUGUGGCCUACAAAGCCCAAGAAAUGAACAUCCGUGGCCGAAUUGCCUGUACUCAGCCUCGACGUUUGGCUGCAGUCAAGGUAGCCGAACGAGUCGCCCAGGAGGCAGGAUGUGAACUAGGUGCCCAGGUUGGGUUCAAAAUCCGUGACGAUCACAAGAUAUCCGAGGAAACCCAGCUCAUUUACAUGACCGAUGGAUCGAUGGUUGCCCAGGCCUUCAACGAUCGAAAUUUCAGUGAAUACCACACAGUAUUCAUUGACGAGGCCCACGAAUGCAACAACAAUAUCUACAUUCUGAUGGCACUGGUGCGACGAGCUGUCAAAGCUCGAGUAAAUUCGAGAUCCAAACUCAAGGUCAUCGUCAUGUCGGCCACGAUAAGUGUCAACAAAUUUGUCGAUUACUUCAAAGACGACGCACAAGUGGCACAAAUUCACAUGCCAGGCAUAACGCACAAAGUCGAUCUUCUCUACCUGGGGGAAACUCCACGACAUACAUCAUCCCAACCCCACCAGCAGUCUGAUCCGGAGCCCAAUAUUGGCCAUAUUGUGGAGGAGGCCUGCCGAAUCGUGGCUAAAAUCGUCCGAAAUCAGUUUCCAACAGGCAAUAUUUUGGUAUUCAUGCCUGGCGUCAUUGAAGUUGAGAUGGCAUGCCAAAGAAUCCGGAAGAGCAUCGGAGAAGUAGACGUCAUUUCUCUUUACUCGGCACAGUCAGGGGCUGCUCAAAACGCAAUCUUUCGCUCGUCCACUGAGCGCCGUCAAUGCAUAGUUUCAACGAAUAUCGCAGAGACGAGUAUCACCAUCCCGGACAUCGUCUAUGUCAUUGACACUGGGAUAGAAAAGGUGAAGCGCUUGAUGCCCCGGAUCGGCGCUUUCGAGGUUCGCCCACGCCCUAUCUCGAAGGCAAGUGCCAAUCAACGCGCAGGGCGAUGCGGCCGAACCCGGCCAGGAGUCUGCUUUCGGAUGUAUACGGAACAAGAUUUCGAGAGGAAUCUGCGUGAUGAACCAGAUGUUGAGAUUGCCCGAGACGAUGUUAGCGCGGUCUAUCUAAAAGCAUUGGCCUUCGGCUUUGCAGCCGCGACUCUGCCGUUUAUCGAUCUCCCUCCCUUCGAGAACCUGGCAUAUGCCAACGAACUACUCCUUGAUCUUGGUUAUAUAAAUGACCAGUUUCAGGUUACCAAUGCUGGCAAGCGUGCUGCUCAGAACCCAUUUGAGCCCAAUUGGACCUACGCCAUCGAUGUUGCCAAGGUGAAGUAUCCUCACCUCGCCCAACACAUUGUGGCCAUUGCUACAAUUUGCAGUUCAAUGCAUUCCAUCUUUGCAGCUGCACCAGCGAGAUUUAUGGCAUCAUCCCUUGCGUCUAGGGCCGAGUUCGCAGACCCAAUGUCCGAUCUCAUCACCGAGCUAAAUGCUCUGUACGCAUUCGAAACCGAGGAGCCCAAGCUACCAGACGACCGUGAACUUGAUCAAUGGUGUAACCGUCGAUUCUUGAAUCGUUUGGUGAUGGGGAAGAUCCUCCUACAGCGUAACUCCGCCGUUGAAACGAUGCAAAUCCGGUUUGACGAGGCUCCAGUGGCUCUCAAUAGCCAAGACAGAGAGAACAUCCGGAGGAUCCUCGCGCGAACCUUCUUCCGGAACAUCGCGUUUCGGAUCCCUUCCUCUGGCGGAGAAGUGCGAUAUCGCACAAUCCACGGCAAUUUUGAGGUAAUCGCAUCUCAGGACAGUAUGCUCAACACUGGGGGGCACCCCUGGGUCAUGUACGACACUCUGAAUCGGGCUCGAAGCAACACCUACAUGACAAAAGUCACGCAUGUCGAGCCCGAGUGGAUCGCGGAUCUCCCUUUCUUCCAAGACGACCGCAUGAAGAAGAAUUACCACGGUAAUAUCGUGCAAAAGCGGGUGAAAGAAGCGCUGGACAAGGCUAGAGAGCCGUAA